GGGCGCCGGCGGUCGCGGCCUGAGGCUGCUUGCAGACAAGGGCAACUGUUCGUCUGGACUUCUUGGCCCUCUUGCCUGGUGUCGCCGUCGCCGUCGCCUCCGCCUCCAACUCCAACUCCGCACGAUCCUCCGCGCAGGAGCCAGUGAGCUUCCCGGACAUGGAGACUGUGGUUCGCCGAUGCCCAUUCUUAUCCCGAGUGCCCCAGGCCUUUCUGCAGAAGGCAGGCAAAUCUCUGUUGUUCUAUGCCCAAAACUGCCCCAAGAUGAUGGAAGUUGGGGCCAAGCCAGCCCCCCGGGCCUUGUCCACUUCAACAGUACACUGUCAGCAGAUCAAGGAGACCCCUCCAGCCAAUGAGAAAGACAAAACUGCCAAAGCCGAGGUCCAGCAGGCUCCUGAUGGAUCCCAGCAGACUCCGGCGCUGCCGGCCGCACACCCCUCGCCUGCCACGAGUCAGGGCUCUGCGAGCAAAUGCCCGUUCCUGGCAGCCCAGAUGAGCCAGAUGGGCAGCAGUGUCUUCCGCAGAGCCAGUCUCGAGCUUCAGGAGGAUGUGCAGGAAAUGCACGCCGUGAGGAAAGAGGCUGCCCAAACUUCCAUGAACUCCGGUGUGACCAUGAAGACCGAUGGAGGGGAUCCAAGCAGAUUGCUGAAGAACUUCCAGGAUAUCGUGCGAAAGCAAGAGUGUCCCAUCUGCUUCAAGAUAACUUGCCAAAAUCUGUCUCCACUUUUCAGUAUGAUCGUUUCUUUGAGAAGAAAAUCGAUGAGAAAAAAAAUGACCACACCUACCGAGUUUUCAAAACCGUGAAUCGGAGGGCGCACGUCUUCCCCAUGGCAGAUGACUACUCGGACUCCCUCAUCACCAAAAAGCAGGUGUCGGUCUGGUGCAGUAACGACUACCUAGGAAUGAGUCGCCACCCCCGGGUGUGUGGGGCAGUUAUGGACACUUUGAAACAACAUGGUGCGGGCGCUGGUGGCACUAGAAAUAUUUCUGGAACUAGUAAAUUCCAUGUGGACCUGGAGCAGGAGCUGGCCGACCUCCACGGAAAAGAUGCAGCCCUCUUGUUUUCCUCGUGCUUUGUGGCCAAUGACUCAACGCUCUUCACCCUGGCCAAGAUGAUGCCAGGCUGCGAGAUUUACUCCGAUUCUGGGAACCAUGCCUCCAUGAUCCAAGGGAUUCGAAACAGCCGAGUGCCAAAGUACAUCUUCCGCCACAAUGACGUGCACCAUCUCAGGGAACUGCUGCAGAGGUCUGACCCCGCGGUCCCCAAGAUUGUGGCAUUUGAAACGGUCCACUCGAUGGAUGGGGCAGUGUGCCCGCUGGAAGAGCUGUGCGACGUGGCCCAUGAGUUUGGAGCGAUCACCUUCGUGGACGAGGUCCACGCGGUGGGGCUGUACGGAGCUCAAGGUGGAGGGAUUGGGGAUCGAGAUGGAGUCAUGCCGAAGAUGGACAUCAUUUCGGGAACACUCGGCAAGGCCUUCGGCUGCGUUGGAGGCUACAUCGCCAGCACUAGUGCCCUGAUCGACACCGUGCGCUCCUACGCCGCCGGCUUCAUCUUCACCACCUCCCUGCCCCCCAUGCUGCUGGCUGGAGCCCUGGAGUCCGUGCGAAUCCUGAAGAGCGCCGAGGGCCGCGCGCUUCGCCGCCAGCACCAGCGCAACGUCAAGCUCAUGAGGCAGAUGCUGAUGGACGCCGGCCUCCCAGUCGUCCACUGCCCCAGCCACAUCAUCCCAGUGCGGGUCGCAGAUGCUGCUAAAAACACCGAGAUCUGUGAUGAACUCAUGAGCAGACACAACAUCUACGUCCAAGCAAUCAAUUACCCCACGGUGCCCCGGGGAGAAGAGCUCCUGCGGAUCGCCCCGACCCCUCACCACACGCCCCAGAUGAUGAACUACUUCCUGGAGAAUCUGCUGGCCACGUGGAAGCGAGUGGGGCUGGAGCUGAAGCCGCAUUCCUCGGCCGAGUGCAACUUCUGCAGGAGGCCUCUGCAUUUCGAAGUGAUGAGUGAAAGAGAGAAAUCUUUUUUCUCAGGCAUGAGCAAGCUGGUGUCCGCGCAGGCCUGAGUGUGACCGCAGCCCCCUCCCCAACCCAGGUCGUUAGCAUACCCACGUAGUCUCGAGAGUCGUCUUUAUAUGUGAAUUAAAUUAUAUUAAAUUUUAAUCUAUAGUAAAAACAGUCCUGAAAAUAAACUCUUGUUUAAACGA